AACAUUAAGACGGUGGCAGUACACAGUCAGCAUGGAUACUGUACAUGGAUAAACAAGUAUGGCUGUUUAUUCCAUCAUCUUUGUCCUGCUCUCCAUCUUAAUUUCUGGUUGCAGAACAGCCAACAAAAAUGAACCUCCUUCGGAAGAAAAAGAAUCCCAGGAGAGUCAGAAGCUUAAGCAAGACCUAAUAAUCGCUGCAAUGAGUGUUUUCUUGAUAAUCUCCCUCCUACUCAUGCUGGGCUGCAGUUUCCUUCAUUACAAACUGGUGACAAAGGACAACACGACUUCAAAGCAAGAAGUGAAAUCUAUCGCCAUCAAGUCACACUUGCAUCAUGUUGAAACGAGGAUUGUCCUAUCUCCUUCCCAGGCUAUGCAAUUAGCUGCCUCCCAACAGAGGAGCUCUCAAGGAACCUCUCUCAUACCAACAUCACCGAUUUAUAAACAGCCUGGAGAUGUGCUACCGCUACAACCAGCCUCCAAUGAAUCUGCUGUCAGUUUUGCAUACACUGACUCUGGCGCUGUUUUCUCAGCACCAAGGAGCCAUACUCCGGAAAGUUUUCUUUCUACCCUCUCAAAGUCAGGAAGCCCUUUUUCUAUGGAACAAUAUGAUCUCUUUUAUGGGUCUUCCAGGAGUUCUUCCAGGGGGUCCUUGGGCAACCCUGGAUACACGUACCAAAAUGAAGAAGGAAGCAGUUAUUCUGGGAGCACAUCUUUUGUCCCACAGCAAUGUGACAGAUGAUCUACCUUUCACUAGACGUAAAUGAUAUUCCAUGUGUAUCUCUCUGCUGCACUAUGUCUCUUUUAAUGAAAAAUUUAAAUAGGAAAAAAAAGCACGCAACUUGAGUAUUUUCUGAGCUAUGUGUGAAUGGAAGGCCACACAAAGAGUUGCCUCCCAUCAAUAUCUUCAGUCUUUAAAAUACGGAGAUCUCCUUUGGAAGUGAACUUACUCCAGUCUUUCCUCAAUCAUGGUAGGGACUACAUGACCUAACGAAUCAAGCUCUUUCCACAGUGAACAGAUGGGCUGUACAAACUGACUGACUGAUGCCAGUUUCCAAGAGUACUUCAAAUAUUAGACUGGGAUAAGAGGUUAACAAUGAGAUUGAUCAGCUGUAGCUGUUAUUUAAAGAAGAAUAAAAUCACAGAAUAAGAGACAAACUUUUCUCAAUGACAUGGAAAAACCUGUGAAUGUUCCAUUGCUCAUCUGCGGACCUCCAUCCAAACAAACCCCAAAUUAGCAAAGGACCUGCUGUCAAAUGUUUUACAAGAGGCCCUUCCCCAAGAGAUGGGACUUGUUUUAAAAACUGCCUUCAGUGUUAGGGAUGUUAUUAAUGGAGAAUGCAAGUGCUAGAAGUUAAGGGGCUGAUCUUCAGUGCCAAAAGCAACAAUUUCCAAUGAGUUGGGUGUCUAACUGCUACCCUUUAUGCCUUUGAAAACAUCCCCCUAAAUGUCGAGCUAUUAGAUUGGCCACACAGGGUAGGUGGCUAGACAUUGAGCUAUUAGCAGAUUGUGCCCACAGUUGUUUUUUUGCAUUUGCAGUUAAUUCUUAGUCUGCUGCAAUUAUUCAGUACUCUAUAGCUGAAAUUUGAGCCAUGUGGAUUAGUUGAUCACUCGUGUUGGGGGAGGGAAGGAUGAGGAGCACAUUCAGCUUGUGGGAGCCAUUGCUUGAAAGCCUGAUUAUUAUACGGAUAGUCCCUC